CUGCCGUCCGAUUGGCUGCAGGGACCCCCCUCCGCUGCCCCUCCCCUCCAGGACCGACACGCUGCAAAAAGUGAAGGUGAAGCAGAUUCCUUCAGGAGGUUGCUUCCAGCAGAGAGAUCUAUGCAGAACUGGAACCAGAACCGGGUCAGAACUCUGAGGGAAUCCCAACUCUUCAGGCGUUUCUUAUCUGGACGAGAUCCGUUCCAGACGGGCGUGAGGAACUCCUGUACUGAAACCCAGAGUGUUUUCUGGGUACAGAACCAGGACCCGUACCGGCACCACCCACACCAGUCCGGACAUGGAGGUUCAGGAAGCUGUUCUCUGGUUUCUGACAGAAAACAGGAAGUUCUGGUUCCCCCGCUGGUCCAGAUGAAGCCGAGGUCAGCGGGGGUCAGCACGAGGUUCUGGAGGAACAUUUCAACAUCAUCUGCUGCUGGUUUGGAUCCAGCAUUCCCACUCAGUGACUGUUAUCGAUCGGACAGCGGUUGCCAUGGCAGCAGGCGCCAUUUCAGCUCCUCUCAUCAUCCCGAUCAGCGAGGGCGUGACCCGAAAACCCAAGACCCGCAUCGACACCAGGACGCCCGUCUGCAUCCAGUCAGACUCUCCAGGUGUGCUGAUCUUCUUCACUCUGGAUGGUUCAAAGCCGGUUGCCGAGCACCAGGGGUCAGAGGUUGGCAGCAGGAAGUACACAGGUCCCGUCCUGCUUCCUGUGGGUCGGGUGUCUGUCAGAGCCGUGGCCGUCGCCAGGUGGAACCAAAUCAGCAGGUCCAGUCUGAAGGCGGCUAUGAUUCUGAUGAGCGGUCCGGUUCUGAUCCAACACCUGCAGGAACACCUGGAUGCUCUCAGUGGAGGAAAGUCACCUGCAGUCCGGCUUCAGAACCGGAGCGGAUCGGGUCCAGUCCUCCACCGGUUCCCCUGCCCUCCAGAUGCUCCAGAGGUGCCGGGAUUCCAGAUCCUGAUGCUGCCUGGACCUGCUCUUCCCGACGCUCCUGCUCUGCGGAUUCUCACCAUCCAACGCCGCUGAGCAGCGAACCGCAAACCCAACCGCCGAGUGACGCCGCUCCGCCGCGGUGUCCUCGCUGCCUCUGCUGCCCUUCAGACCCGUUUGCUCGGUUCUGUUCUCAGUGUGGCGCUGUGAUUCCUCCGGUACCGGCGCUCUGGCCGCCCCCUGCUGGGAGAGGACAGCUCCUGCCGUGUCCUUCCUGUCGCUGCCUGGUUCCCAUCAACUCUCGGACCUGUUGGACCUGUGAGGCGUCCACAGAAGGGUCCCGGGCCGGAUUCUCUCUGCAGGUCAAUCUGGGUGGAGGUGGCGCCCCCUCUGGUGGGCCGGGGGACAGCAGCAUGUGGUCCUGCUCCAGAUGUCGCCGUCUGAACCGCCAUGAUGCCAGAUUCUGUGACCGUUGUGGCACCAAGGUUGGCCACGCCCCCUGCUGGGUGACGUGUUGGCGGUGUGGAGCAAGCGCACCGCCGGAUGCCCCCCACUGUGUGGCGUGCGGCGUGUUCCUCCUGGCACUGGCCCCGCCCACACCCUGCAGUGACAUCACACCGCCUGAAGAGGACGCCGCCCACAGCCAGAGCCCCGCCCCUAGACAGGGCGUAGCUCCUCCCCCUGUGGAUCGGUCCACGCAAACCGUCGGACUCUAUUACCCAUCAGCCACUGAGCUGCAGCAGCGGGACCAGCAGAGGGCGCUGUGGCGCCGGCGGGAGGCGGAGAGGAUCAACCACCGGCCGCCGCUCAGCGCCGUCAGCCCCGGCAGAGGUUACUGGAGGAACCAAGUGGACCACGUCUGUGCUCACCUGAGGAGCUACACCCAGAACCGGGCCUCCUUCAGAACCCUGCUGGCAGAACCUCGACUGGGCCGGAUGGUGUCGGCGCUGGUCCAGCAGAACCAGGAUGAAAUGGUUCUGACGUUGAGCUUCUCGCUGGCAGCCAAUCAGAACCGGCAGCAGGUCGGACCUGACGACGACCCUGACAGCCCAGCUGGAAGUUCUACAGUACCGGGUCGGGUCCAAAAGCUGAGCAGUGUCACACAGCGCGCUACAGAUAGAGCUGGAAGUCCUGGGAGGAAGCGGGACUCUGACCUGGAACCGGACCUGUUGGAUGAAGAACUUUGCCGCUCUGGGUUCUGAUCGGCCGCCCAUCACUGCUUCCUCUACUGGACCGGGCCGAUCCAGAACGCUGUUCCUGCGACAAACUGAGGCAGCCAUCUUGGAUUGCUGGCUGCUAUGGUGAUGGCCGCCCUCGAUUGGACCAAUCAGAGCCUGCAGACGGAACGUGAUGGAAUAUUUGUGGGGUUGACCUUUGACCCCAGCCAGGUCGUUUCUGAAGGUUUAUGGAAAUAAAACCCAACAUUGAUUUA